AUGAUGGGCUCCGUGCUCCCGGCUGAGGCCCUGGUGCUCAAGACCGGGCUGAAGGCGCCGGGGCUGGCACUGGCCGAGGUCAUCACCUCCGACAUCCUGCACAGUUUCCUGUACGGCCGCUGGCGCAACGUGCUGGGCGAGCAGCUCUUCGAGGACAAGAGCCACCACGCCAGCCCCAAGACAGCCUUCACCGCCGAGGUCUUGGCGCAGUCCUUCUCCGGCGAGGUGCAGAAGCUGUCCAGCCUGGUGCUGCCGGCGGAGGUGAUCAUCGCGCAGAGUUCCAUCCCCGGCGAGGGCCUCGGCAUCUUCUCCAAGACGUGGAUCAAGGCGGGCACGGAGAUGGGCCCCUUCACUGGCCGCAUCAUCGCCCCGGAGCACGUGGACAUCUGCAAGAACAACAACCUGAUGUGGGAGGUGUUCAAUGAGGACGGCACAGUGCGCUACUUCAUUGAUGCCAGCCAGGAGGACCACCGGAGUUGGAUGACCUACAUCAAGUGUGCGCGGAACGAACAGGAGCAGAACCUGGAGGUCGUCCAGAUCGGCACCAGUAUCUUCUACAAGGCUAUCGAGAUGAUCCCACCUGACCAGGAGCUCCUGGUGUGGUAUGGAAACUCACACAACACCUUUCUGGGGAUCCCUGGUGUGCCCGGGCUGGAGGAGGAGCAGAAGAAGAACAAGCAUGAGGACUUCCACCCGGCGGACUCGGCGGCGGGCACCGCGGGCCGCAUGCGCUGCGUCAUCUGCCACCGCGGCUUCAACUCGCGCAGCAACCUGCGCUCGCACAUGCGCAUCCACACGCUGGACAAGCCCUUCGUGUGCCGCUUCUGCAACCGCCGCUUCAGCCAGUCGUCCACGCUGCGCAACCACGUGCGCCUGCACACGGGCGAGCGCCCCUACAAGUGCCAGGUGUGCCAGAGCGCCUACUCGCAGCUGGCCGGCCUGCGCGCCCACCAGAAGAGCGCGCGCCACCGGCCGCCCAGCGCCGCGCUGCAGCCGCACUCGCCCGCGCUGCCCGCGCCGCACGCGCACGCGCCCGCGCUCGCCGCCGCCGCCGCCGCCGCCGCCGCAGCCGCGCACCACCUGCCGGCCAUGGUGCUGUGA